AUGUUUCGUUUGUUGGCAACAACAACAAAAUGUAAGCGACAACAAAUUGCAAUACUAAUUAUAUCAUUUUUCGCGUACGUGGCUGGCAUACGUAAUGAGGGUAACAAUAUGUUGCUGCAGCAGCAGCAAGUGAUACAACAGCAGCAACAAACAACAAUUGAAAAUUCCAAUUAUCAAAGCACAAUAACUGAUAUAAAACAACCAACGACUUCGAAUUUUCGGCCAUCACCCAUAAUCGAUUUCACACCAGCAGAUGCUGCUGUACCACAACAAUUCAAGCCCACCUAUAUAGAACCCCAACAUACUACCACCAGUAAUAUAGCCAUUUAUAACAGCAACAACAACAAUAAUAAUAAUAAUGAUAAAAACAAUAUUGAGCAAAAACAAGAAAUACAAAAUGAUAAUAGACGUUAUACGAUAGAAACGGCAGCAACAUAUGGAAAUGUUGGAGAACAGCAAUUUUCAUUUCCUAAUGAGCAGCAAAAACAACAAAUACCACAACAUCUAACAGACAAGCCUAUUUAUAUCUACAGGGAUCCAUAUACAAAUGAGAAUUAUCAUUAUGCACCAACUGAGACCAAUGUAAAGGAUACAACGUUGCCUACAACAUACAAUCAUAACAAUUACAACAAUAAUGGUUACAAGCAACAAGAUACUCAUCAUCCUCAUCAUCAUGAAGAACAACAACAACAUGAUAAUAAUCAGGAAUAUUUAGUUCAAUCAAGCAUGGUAGUAGGCACACAUCCACAACAGCAGCAACCCAAUCCCUUUAGACCUUACAUGAGCUUGUCGGCUGAUAAGGAUGUGUAUCUUAAACGUCCUGGUUUAGUGUAUGAUGAGAAGCCUAGCUAUAAUCAUCCCAAUUCGGUGAUUGACAAGAAAAAUGAUGAAGUUGAAACAUUGAAGGCAAAUAAAAUUUCUUACGAUUCACAUGACUAUCCGCCGCCAAGUUAUUUCAAACAGCAGACUUCAAAUUUCUUGCCUACUCCAGUGCCGGCUCAACCCUCUACACCUAGGCCAGUGAUAAGAGCUACACCUCCACCACCAACUGCGCCACCUAGGCAAGACUAUAGGCCCUUUGCACCCACACACUCAACAAUAUUUAACCAACAACGGCCGCAGCAGCAAUAUUUACAAUCAUCACAAUCCACGUUGCCUAAUUAUGCAAACAGCAAUGAUAAUUAUUUGUUGAAUAAACAACCAACAAGCGACUAUUAUCGUACAGAAGUGCCACCACCCUCGCCACCUUCUUAUGAAUAUGAUGCUAGACCACAAUCUUCACCACCUCCUUACCAACAGCAACAACAUCAGCAGUACCAAGAGCAAUAUGAAUCUCGUCCCCCUGCUUAUAAUACUCCACAAACUACUUAUCCACAAGAGCAAUAUGAAUCUCGUCCCCCUACUUAUAAUACUCCACAAACUAGUUAUCCACAAUAUGAGUCACCACGACCUCCGCCUGGCCGGCCUUCUUAUAAUAAUUACUAUGACUAUCAAAUAGGUGAAUUACCACCACCCCAAGCACAAACUUCAUCGCCUCCAACACAACAGUUUAAUUACCCCUACCCACGACCGCCGCCUUCACAAUAUCCCUAUCAGGGUCCAUACAGACCACCACCACCACCACAUGCCCAGCAACAACAGCCAAGUGGUUUGGCAACAUUGGCCCAAUAUGCACCACAAUUUACUUCACUACUUCUAAGUGGUGUGGGUGGCGGUGGUUCUAAUACUAAUAGUCCAUUAGGCAGUCUUAUAGGUGCUCUUACUGGUGCUGCAACCUCACAACAAUCAUCAUCAUCUUCGCCAUCUUCAUCUUACAACAGAAGACCCGUUAACUCCCAACUCAUUAGGGCCUUAGAGAAUAUAGCACGCAAUGACGAUUUGCAAUGUGUGCCAAAAGUUUUAUGCCAAAUGAUUGCUGCCCAAACACAACGUGGUCAACUGCCCACAUUCAUUACUUCACCCGCCAUUACCAAUUUUCUAGCUGGCUUUCCUACUGCCUCACCCGCUCUUAUCUAUGGAAGAGCAGCAUUAUUGGGUCUAAGUGGUGGUGAGAAAAGUUGUCAUCAGACCUAUGUGCAAUGUCCCAAAAAUGAGUAUGAAAUAAUUUAUUAUCUUAACAAUCAUCGUGGUGGUUUCUUCAAAUUCUUCAGUGAACCGGAAGAGCAACAAACUGUAAAUCAUGAUUCAUCACAGCAAGGUGCAACAUCGUUGUUUAGUAUUUUAUCAGCUUUAACUGGCACGCCACCAGCAGCCACCACAACACCCAGACCAAGACCAAAACCUAAACCUCAGGCGCCUUCCACGGAUAUCACCAGUGGCAUAGGAAAUUUCUUUACCCAACUAUUGUCUGAUUAUAUGGGUGGUGCUACCGUAGAGUAUCAAAGGAGAUUUAAACGAAGAACUAAACGAGCCUUGGACGAUAAAAUUAAAUUUGAAGAUGAAAGUGAGGAACAGCACAGGGAUACAGAAGAAGAUUUCCAUGAUGAAGAGGACAAUGAAGAUACACAACAAGGUGUUGGCUUCAACGAUGAUGAACAAGACUAUUUAGAUGAUACUCAAGGUAGAAUAUUACACAAAACUUCAAGGGGGAGAAAACGUAUUAAGUUCUUUCCGGAAAUGAGAGAAACUUCAGAUGAAAUUGACAAGGAUGAAGCAUUGAAGCAAGUUAUUAAAAAAUUUAAUGAUUUUAAUAGGGAAAGAAAGUUGAAAUUUCCUUCAAACACCGAUGAAAGAAAAUAUAUAGAUGCUUCAACACAACAAGGUUUAAGACAAGGUAAAAUUUUGAAUGAAGAUGAAGAUUCACCCUACCAAGAACAAAAUUAUGGUCAUGAGUUUACCAACUAUGUGGAAAAUUCUUAUGAUGAUUUUAAAAAAGAAUCGAAAAAAAUUAAAUUCAUAGAUGAUGGAGAGGAUAAUGAAAAACAUUUACAAUCAUUAUAUUCCUAUUAUUUGCAUAAACCUAAAGACCAGAAAACAAAGUUGGUUUUUCCCGAAAGAGAGGGUAAAAUAUUAAAUCGUCCCUAUUAUGCAGCCUCCUAUUUACAUGAUUAUUUACAAGAUCAACAACAGCAGCAGCUAGAACCUGAAAUUGAUUCCCCAGCAGACGAUAAAUUUAUUGUAUCAAAUAGUCAAAGACCUUUACGCUACACCGAAUUUCCAGCCACCUCUUCAGCGAAUGUCUAUAAUACACAUAUAAAUUCUUUAAAGACACAAAGUAGUUUUACAUCUAAUGCGGCUGUCAACAAUAAUAUUUAUGUUGCAUCUUCACCCGCCAUUUCUAACAGCAAUAGCAAUCACUUUUUGCCCACACCACCUCCACCCGAUACCGAUUAUACUGCUUCCAAUUCCAUUUACUCCAACAAAGAUUACUCUAGUAACCAAUACAAUUAUAACAGUUUAAAGCAGAGUGCAUUUUAUAAGCCACCAAGAUAUCCUUCUACUUCCUCCUCAUUGUCAUCAUCAUCAUCGUCUUUAAGUGGCGGCAGCAAUAAUUUCUAUAAACCUCAACGUUAUUCCUCCUCUUCCCCAUCUAACAGUCAAACGAAUUUUAAUCGAUACCAUUCUUCUUUAUAUACUACCAGACGUCCUUAUGUGGCUGUAACCACCACCAGGAAAUCGGAUGAUAAAAAUAUUUAUGUGACAAAUUCACGAGGUGUAACGGAGUAUUAUUUAACGCCAGAUGGUAGGAAGGUUUAUCUAUAGUAGUUGUAAUUAUGUGAAAAUAAGUAAAUUUACUAAAUAUUUAUUUAGUUUAAGUUCAAUUUAAAACGCCUAUGUAAAUACAUAAAUGUUUAUAAUCUCAAAUUAAAUUAUUUCCGUACAUAUUAACUCACACUUGAACAAAUACCAAGUACUUUUUUAAUAAACGAAUGUUUUAUGAAUAUCUCCUAAAGAUAUGCUACAA